AUGCUACGGCGCUAUAUAGGCUAUGUUGUAUUGCCGAUAUUUGCGUUUGUCGUGAACCAUACCCCAGGCUUUGUCUGGGUACUCAUCGACUUUGUCCUAGAUGUGUGGUUAUUCUGGGUCCGGAAGAUCUAUCACUGGCACACCAGAAAGGACAGCUUGAAUGAAGCCUUAAAACAGCUCAAGUCCGUGGAGAACUAUAAUGAAUGGAAAGCCAUCGUGACCGAGAUUGACAGACUCACGAACAUGGACAUCUGGCGCCAGAACUUCAUAUCCAAGCACUACGACUAUAUGCUCGUGAAUGAGAGGAUGUCUUUACUUCGUGAAGCUAGGCUUAACGAGGAUGCAUCCCUUUUGAUGUCGUUACUUCGUUCCGGGCUUCUCCGCAAUUUCGGUGGUAUUGCUCAGAAGAGACUCUAUACGAAAGCCUACUUGGGCACCAAGUUCAAGAUCCAAGAGUAUAUCAUUGAAGUACUAGACUGCCUUAACUACCUUUAUGACUCCAUCCAUGCUGAGCGUGCUAGCAACGACUACAUCAUGAACAGCAAGCAGCUCAAGCUCGAUUUCUUCCAUGACGCAAGGCAGUCAUUUGGAUGCACCGGUUUGAUUUUACAAGGUGGCUCUUUAUUCGGCUUAUGCCACCUUGGUGUUGUUCGUGCAUUGUAUUUCAAGGGUUUGCUUCCUCGGGUCAUCGGCGGGAGUGCUGUUGGAGCCGCGGUAGCAGCAUUAGUGUGCUCUCUCACUGAUGUGGAGCUCAUACCGAUUUUGGUAUCCAUCACAGAUGUUAUGGGCAAUGUUGAUACCUUGAACCAUGAUGUUGAUGAGAGAUACGGCAACGUUAUUGAGAAUGUGGUCCGCAAGGGGUACUCUCAGGAUAUCCUUGUCUUCCUCAAGUUUGUCAGAGACACCAUAGGUGAUUUGACGUUUGAGGAGGCAUACUUAAAAACGGAAAAGAUCCUUAAUAUCGUGGUGCACCCAACUCAUCCAUCGAUUCCUUCGUUACUCAACUACAUCACAGCCCCUAACGUCAUCAUAUGGACAGCCAUCUAUGCAUCUAUCGGCACUGGAGUCCUUUCAGAUAGCGUACAGCUCUACGUCAAGGAUCUUAAAAACGAAAUUGUUCCGAUGGCUCCAGAGUUAGAAAUCUCGUUCUUGAAGCCACAGGAUGUCAGCUACCAGCAGCACUACUUUGGUCACAAGAAGAAAGAUCUGGAAACCAGCUUGUUCUCUGCACCAGCAGAAAGUUCACCGUACACCAGACUCACGGAGCUUUUUAACGUGAACCAUUUCAUCACCAGUUUGGUGAGGCCUUACCUUGCACCCCUCAUAAGCAACGAUCUCAAGCAUCAUAAUGCCUACGGGAAGCUUCGCUUCAGCGACGACGCUCUUAAUAUAUUCUGGAAUGACGAUACGAAAAAGCUUGAGAAACCGAAAUCAUCGGCUUCACACAUUGAUGUUCUUACAAAAGAUUCUUCCUACAAUUUCCGAAAGCACCUCAAGAAUGUUAUUGGUCUCGAAAUUCAGCAUAGACUUGACGUUAUGAACAAGUUGGGACUCUUACCGGAGAUCGUUAAGCGACUUUGUAUCGAUGAAAAGCCUUCAACUGCUAAAUUUUCAACUAAUUCGAGAGAGAUCACCAUUGUUCCCGAGUUGAGAUAUUUACUUCGUGACAUUGGUCGUGUUUUUGAUGUCCACAAAACAAUGGAGAACAUACCCUACUGGAUUCUUGUGGGUGAGCGGUCAGUGCUCAAUCGAAUUUGCAUUGGAUGA